GUCGACUUCUGCUCCGUCGUGUUGGUUUCGGUUUGGGAGCUGGCCUGCUAAAAACUGAAACUCGUUCUCGUCGUACUUGUAGUCGAUUCCGUUUGUCAUCAGAUUCAGAUUCACAUUUUACAAAUCGCACAAACUUAAACUUGUACUCGUCGCCGUCGUUCGUUGUCGUUGUCGCACUCACAAUUUACUUGAUUUUUAUUUCACUAACUCAUAUCUCACGAACACGGAACAGCUGUGUAAUAAAAAAUCGACCCAAUUAAUUCAACUUGAAUCAUCAAAAUCAUAAAGAAACCAAACGAAGAAAUAUAAAACCUAACAACUCAACAGAAAAUGGAAAUAAAUAAUCAAUCUUUCCAUCGUUUAAGUAGCAGCAGAAGUCUUCUACUUCUUUCCACAUAAAACGAUACAAGAAGAAAAAUAUGUAAAGCCUUUCGAAGUUCGUACUCGUUUUCGUUUUCGUACACCGCCUUCGAUUUUUCAAUUCCAAUUGAAUGUUUUCCGUCCGGAAGCCCAAAGAAAACAUCAAGAAGAAAGAAAAUAAAAAAGUGUAUUUACAUAAAUUCUAUUUGGUGAAUGAGUAAGUUAUGCAAAUAACGGUUUAGAUUUAUGUGAAAACAGUGAAACCGAAAGUUAUUCCAUAAAAGAAAUAUCGGACUCGCAUUCGGUUUGGACGAAGACGUAGUAUCUGAGAAGCUCACCUUACGGCAGCGGCUGCGGCAUCUCUCUUUUUCUGUUGACGAAACGAAGUAGCGAGAGAUUCGGCAGAGACGGGGAGACUAUUAUUUUGGGAGAUUUUAUUGAAUUGUUUUGUUUAUUGUUAGCUUCGGAGGCGUUUUCCUAUUGGGGCAGUCAGUUAGUUAGUCAAGUCAGUUCAAUUGGACACGGUCUGUGGUGAAUCUAAUCAGCAUCGGUAUCGGUGGCAGUGCAGUGCGGUGAUUCCAACUUCCAAGAGCAUCAUGCCAAUGGGACAAAUUUACGUGAUUCCAUUAUUUACAACCCAACAACUGCGACCGCACGUCAUUUAGACCUCGACGGUUUUUUUUUGUUAAACUUUUUAUUUGCAUUUAUUCGAAUCGAAGAAAAGAUAAAUUAUCUUUUUUGUUAAGCUUUUAUUGUUGAGUUAGCGGGAACGGUCUAUCCCCGUCAGCCUGUAUGCAUCUGAGUGGUAGCACCAGCAGCAGUAUCAACAACAGCACCAUCGACAUCGAGAACAGCAGCGAACCCGAAGCCGAAGACUGUAAAUUCUGGUUUUGUAAUUGAUGUUGUUGAUGUUGCUUGUCGGCGGCGGUGGUGCACCUUCUCCGGUACGAACUGAGAGUGUCGUUCUAUGCAAAAUGUUAAGUUUUUGUGCUUCACUACGCAGGUUAUAUAAACAUAAUUGGAAGAUGAAAGCGUGAUGUCAGUGGAGCGUUUUUGAGCAUUGGGACGGAAGCGAAAAAGAUUUGUUUAUUGGUCAUUGAGUGCAAGACCAAGUAUAUGCUGUCAUCAAAAAAGUACAUUGAACAACGACGUCUUGGAAAAAACGUCAAAGGGUCAAAGGACCCUGAACAACGACGAGGUAUUUAAGGACUUUGUCUACCUAGGCACCGCUAUAAACACAGACAACGACACCAGCGCUGAAAUCAAACGAAGACUAAAUCUUGCAAAUCGCUGCUUCUUUGGACUUAGAAGGCAAUUGAGAACUAAAGUCCUCUCUUGAGCAUCUAAAAUCACCAUCUUUAAGACACUCAUCAUCCAUGUUCUUCUUUAUGGCGCUGAGGCCUGGACCCUGUCAAAGAAAGAUAAGAACGUCUUAGGAUGCUUCGAGAGCAAAAUUCUUCGGAUGAUUUUUGGAAUUAAAGUCCAACGACUUAGAUAGCUGGGUCAUGUAGAGCGAAUGGACAACUCUCCACAGCCCGGAAGGUCUUGUAAUCAAAUCCCGAGGGACGGCGCAGUAGAGGAACACCUCGACUCAGGGACCGAACUGGCUGGAGACGUAUGUUGGUUGGCCCCGGACUGUAGCGCCACCUUAAGUAAAUGAAGCUUUUCCUUAUGAGCUUAAUAGCCCUGGCACUAUUCGCCGCAGUGAUCAGCGUUCCUAUUACUAAAGCCGAAGUUGAACCACUUGCUGAAGCUAAAGCUGAUGUUAACUACCGAAUUCCUUCCAACGUCCUCCCAUCCCACUACGACAUUUCAUUAAAGCCAUACCUAUUAACUGGCGAUGGUAACAAACAGUUCACCUUCGAAGGUGAGGUUUACAUCAACAUCAGUACGACCGAGUCAAACUUGGAUGAGAUUAUUUUGCAUUGGAAGCGAUUAACUUAUACAGUCCGUGAAUUGUAUGCGACUGCUGUUCCGGAAAAAAAAUUGAAAAUUUUAAAAUUCGACGAAGAUCCUGCCACAGAUAAAUUCAGUUUAACAUUGGAUCUUGUAUUGAGACCGAAAACAAACUAUACCUUACAUUUUGUGUACACAGGUCUUAUGGAAGAUAAUAUGCAUGGAUUCUAUAAGAGUUCCUAUGUCGAUAGUAAGAAUAAGACAAGGUGGUUGGGAUCAACACAAUUUGAAACAAAUCACGCACGUCGUGCUUUCCCCUGCUUCGAUGAACCAAAUUUCAAAGCCACGUUUGAUGUAGCAAUUACUCGUUUUAAGAGCUUCAAGACAGUCAGUAACACCCGCAUGAUUCAAAGCCUACGUAUAGACAAUAACUACUUCAAAGAUAUCUACGCCACCACACCACCAAUGUCCACCUACCUCUUGGCCUUCCUCGUGUCCGAUUUCAAUGAACGUACCGAUGUCGAUGGUCAAUUUUACGUUGUUGCACGUCCCGAAUAUUUUGGCCAAACCGAAUAUGGCUUCGAUAUUGGUCGUGAGCUUCUUACGGCUUUUGACACUUACACGAAACUGCCAUUCUACGAAUAUGGUGUGGAAAAAAUGCAUUUAGCCGCUAUUCCUGAUUUCUCAGCCGGAGCAAUGGGGAACUAGGGUCUUCAAAUGUACAGGGAACGUGCUUUACUUUAUGAAGAAGGAUCAACAACUCUUUCGGCUAAACAAUCAAUUGCUGGAGUUAUUGCUCACGAACAAGCUCACAUGUGGUUUGGAGAUUUGGUGACUUGCGAGUGGUGGAGUCAUACUUGGCUCAACGAAGGUUUUGCUCGUUACUUCCAAUAUUUCAUGACAGCUGAGGUUGAUCCAACAUUUGAAAUGGACAAGCAAUUUGUUGUCGAUCAGAUUCAUGUUGUUUUUAGAAUGGACUCAACCAACAACACAAAUCCUAUGAGUGAUGAGACCGCAGCUUCUCUAGAGGAUCUUCCUCAAAUGUUCAACAGUAUUUCGUACAACAAAGGUGGUUCGGUAAUCCGAAUGAUUAGGCACGCUAUUGGAGAGGAAAGUUUCAAGAAAUCUCUUCAAACCUACCUCAAUGAAUUUAAAUACACCAACACUGUUCCCAAAAAUAUCUUCGAUCAUUGGACAGCUAAUUGGCCGACAGAUACAAAGAAAUAUGCCAAUGCCCAAUGGAGUUCUAACAGUUUUACCGAACAAGUUGGCUAUCCAGUUCUUCACAUCGAACUUGCUGCUGAUUCCAAGAGCAUGACUGUCGAACAAAAGCGAUUCCUAUUGACUCCAGGAGACGGCAGUGAUGCAAAACUUUUGUACACCGUUCCAUUUACUUACACAACAAAUGUACAAAAAGAUUUCAAUACAACAACACCAAAUCUAUACCUGGAAGACAAGACUGACAAAGUAAAUGUGACCUUCAAGGACGCUAUUAAGUGGGUUGUUGGUAACAUCCAAGAAACCGGCUACUACCGAGUCAACUACAGCACUAACGCCUGGCAUCAAAUCCAUCGUGCCUUGAGCUCUCAGAAUUGGGAUGGCAUCCACGAACUUAACCGAGCUCAAUACGUUGACGAUCUAUUGGCCCUUUCACGUUCAGGACAACUGCAAUACGAGUUGUCAAUGAUGUGCCUCAGCUACUUGGAAACUGAAACCAAUUAUUUGCCAUGGACAGCUGCUUUCAACGGCUUCGACUUCUUGGCCGUUCGUCUUGGCUUAGACAAAGACAAUUUCGCCUACUACAUAAUUAAAAUUUCGAAGAAAGCAUACAAUUCACUUGGAUUUGUGGAAAGUAAGACCGACAAGACUCUGGAUAUUUAUGCCCGCAGCAAGGUUAUCUCUUGGAAUUGCAAAUACGGCCACAGUGACUGUAUUGCAGAAGCUCUGAAAUUAUUCCGAAACAUGCAUAACAAACCAGUUCCGGUCAAUAUUCGCGGCGCUGUUUAUUGUACAGCAAUGAGGGAUGGUACAGAAAAGGACUUUGAAGACCUCUUCAACAAGUUGAAGGCUGAACAAGUUCCAACUGAACAAGUAUUGAUAAUCAAUAAUUUGGGUUGUGUAAAGGACAAGAAACUUGUGGAACGUUAUUUCAAUAUUAUUUUAAGUGAUGAUAUCCGUCGCCAGGACAAGUCUUCAGCUCUAUCGACCCUCUACACUGAAAAUGCUGAGAAUGUUUCGCCGGUCUUCGAUCUUGUGACAGAAAACUUUGAAGCCUUACAAAAAGCCAUGGGUUCCUAUUCGUCUGUGGCAACUGAAAUUUCAAACAUAGCUUCACGCUUCACCACUAAAGAACAACAAGCCAAACUCGAUGCUUUCAUCAGCAAAAGUGGCACUCAAUUCGGAAGCUCUCAGAAGACUUGUGACAAGGCCGCUACUACAGUUAAGGAAAAUUUGGAAUGGUCUGAGAAGAGAUUGCCUCCUCUCGUUGAAUAUUUACGUACAAUAAGUCUGAAUUUGUAGACAACUUUUUAUAUAUUUAUAAAAUAAAAAUGAAAUGUAGAAUAAUUUGA